AUGGCUCCCGCAGCUCUCGAACAGGAGAACCAUGCGCGUGAUGCGGAGUUCAACCGUGUCCUCCAUGGAAAGUCCGCUGAAGCUCAGGGUGGUUUCGCUGCCAUGCGCAACAAGGACGCCGCCGCUCAGAAGGCUGCUGUCGACGAGUACUUCAAGCACUGGGACAACAAGAGCGCUGAGGAAGAGACUGAAGAGAUCCGUGCGGCCCGUCGUGCUGAGUAUGCGACCUUGACCAGACACUACUACAACCUUGCGACGGACUUCUACGAGUACGGAUGGGGUACCUCCUUCCACUUCUGCCGUUUCUCCCCUGGCGAGGGCUUCCACCAGGCCAUCGCUCGCCACGAACACUACCUCGCCCAUCAGAUCGGCAUCAAGUCUGGAAUGAAGGUUCUCGAUGUUGGCUGCGGUGUCGGAGGCCCUGCCCGUGAGAUCGUCAAGUUCACCGACGCCAAUGUGGUCGGCCUGAACAACAACGACUACCAGAUCCAGCGUGCUACGCGCUACGCUGAGCGUGAGGGUUUGGCCCACAAGUUGACCUUCGAGAAGGGUGACUUCAUGCAGAUGAAGUUCGAGGACAACACCUUCGACGCUGUCUACGCCAUUGAGGCUACCUGCCACGCUCCCGAACUCGAGGGUGUCUACAAGGAAAUCUUCCGUGUCCUGAAGCCCGGUGGUGUUUUCGGUGUCUACGAAUGGUUGAUGACCGAGGAGUACGACAACAGCAACGCCGAGCACCGCAAGAUCCGUCUCGGUAUCGAGCAGGGUGACGGUAUCUCCAACAUGGUCAAGGUUUCCGAGGGUCUUGACGCCAUGAAGGGAGCCGGUUUCGAGCUCCUCCACAACGAGGAUUUGGCCGACCGCCCCGACACCAUCCCCUGGUACUACCCCUUGGCCGGUUCCUUCAAGCACUUGACCUCUCCCUGGGACUUCUUCACGAUCGCUCGUAUGACCUGGUGGGGCCGUGGCAUUGCCCACCGCUUCGUCGGAGCCAUGGAGAAGGUCGGUCUUUUCCCCAAGGGCUCUCAGAAGACUGCCGACAGUCUGGCCCUGGCCGGUGACUGCCUUGUUGCCGGUGGUGAGAAGAAGCUGUUCACUCCCAUGUACCUCAUGGUUGGCCGCAAGCCCGAGUAA